AGGACUUCAGCAGUUGUUGAAUAUCAAAAGAUCUACGUUACGUUACAGUUAGUGAUUUAUUUUAAAAUUGGGUGCAUGUGAGUGUGCCUCGGGGCAACCGAAAUGACCACCUUCAAGCUGGGCAAGUUCCCCUACGUGUGCCGCCUGUGUUUGGAAUCGGUCACCGAAAAGAAAAUGAUGAUUACGGUCGAUACAGUCGACCCGGUGCUGGACGGGACUGCUCUAGAUUUCAUCACUGCCAUCACGUUCAAAAUAUCGGAGGACAAAGCACGUUUGCUUCCGCAAAAAAUCUGCGCCCAUUGUUUGGAGCUGCUCAGAUUCUUUGCCAAGUAUCGAAUCAAAAUUAUGGCCACGCACCUGUUGAUGGACUCACUGGUGGAUCUAAAACGUUCCAAUUCGAAGCCAAUCCAGGAACUUUUCGCCAGCAAAAAGGACCUUAUGACGGACCUGUGCAAAGAUCUUGCCCUCUGCAACAAGCGUGAAGUUCUGGUUCAAGAUCUGCUGGACGAAUUCCAAACCUACGGCUUUGCGUCCAUGUCCGAGAACCCCGAAGAUGAAAACCAGUCUGAACCAAGUGAACCGGAGGCAAAAAAGUCCAAACGAUACACCAGGACCUUCUGCUGCACGGUACCAAAUUGCACGUUAACUUUCGACGAUGUGUUCUCCUAUCAACGGCACGUCCUGGAUGGCCACAAAGUGUUCGUUUGCGAAACCUGUGGGAUUAGGUGUUUCACACGAUCAUCUCUGAAGGAACACCAGGAACGGCACUUGCCAAUAUCCAACCAACACGUGUGCCCUUACUGUCGGAAAAAUUUCAAAAUGAGCGGCGAUCUGAGAACUCACAUUCGAAAUUGGCACCUGGCGAGCACCACCUAUUCAUGUAGCACUUGUGGCGUCGAGUUCAAAAGGAAAGAUGUCCGAGACUUGCACCAGAAGAGUCAUGAAAAUGUGUACGACUAUCCGUGCACUGCUUGCGAUAAGAAGUUCAAGGUCCCGGCCCGUUUAAGACGGCACCACGAAGAGGUACACGAACGACGGCGACACAUCUGUGAGUACUGCAGUAAACCGUUCCCGAAACUGACGAAGCUGAAGGACCACAUCGAGAGCGUCCAUGGCGUUCAAAUGCGUUUCGUUUGCGACAUCUGCGUCAGUACGUUCCUUUCACAGGAAGAGCUGGAUACGCAUAAGCCACGCCACGACCAACCAGGUCAGCUCGGUUGCAGCGUCUGUUUGGCCAUAUUUUCCUCCGAUGACGAGCUGAAGGAACAUCUGUGUAUCACCUAUCGGGAUGAUUACGUGUGCUGUGAGCGAGAUUUCCGGCAGGCUUAUGCCUACAAUAAGCACAUGUUUCUGAAACACGGUACCAAAACUAAUGUUCGGGUCAAACCUGUGCCCGGUCAAUUGAUGGGAACCAUGCGAGCGCAACGCAAACGUAUCGAGAGCUGUCCCAAAUGCGAGAUCAUCUUACCCACCAGGGCGAAGAAAAAGCAACACAUGGAAAGCUGUGUAGGUAGUGCUCCAACGAACGCAUUGUCUGAUCUACCAGAAAGAAGUGGUGCGAUGGAUACUUCGUUGCCAGUUCAAACAAGCGAAUAACGUCAACAUUCAACAUGCAGUGUA